UUAUGGAUCUCCACAAUGAAGAGGUCCAACACAGCAAUCAAGAGGAAACUAUAGAAUGUGAGAAGCAGAACUAGAGCACUCACAGAUGCAGCCAAUAACAUGGUGCCAAGUUGGCAAAAAAAGUGUGACAUGGCACCUUUGGCAUUUCAAACACUAGAUCACACUCUACCACCUUAUGUCAAGUUCAAAUCUCACUACUACUAUUCUAAUUUCCCCAUAAAUCUUUCCCAUUUCACCUGUGUUUCUCUCUGCCCACACCAGAGAGAGAGGGAGAGAGAGAUUGAUACAAAGUAGUGAAGGAGAGGAAAGGAGCACCAACCUCAGAUAUAGGAGCAUUACAUGGAUGAGAUAUGGAAGCCAUCAAAGAAGGAAGGUUCAAGUAGCCAUUGCUCCACUUCUUCCAAAUCUCUAUUUUCAAGGAGUUCUUCAACAAAGAGCUCUUCUUCAAAGUCCAAUCUCCUGAGGAGUUUUUCCCAGAAAAGCUCCUCCUCAAAGUGCACUCUUCCCCGGAGCUGCUCACAAAAGAACUCUUCCAUCGGCAGUAAGUGUAGUAGCGUAGCAAAGGAACAGAAGGCUAGAUUUUACAUCAUGAGGCGCUGUGUUGCCAUGCUUGUUUGUUGGCACAAGCAUGGUGAUGGUGAUUCUUGAUGGGAAGACAAGUAGAUUGAGUGCUUGCGGUGGCUUGCUCUUUUUUUCCCUUCUGUGCGAGGUGGAUCUUUGGGUUUUGUUCCAAAACUCGUACAAAUUUUCUUGCCAUCAUCUGAUCAAGAAGGAUUGGUUCCAUAUUUCGUUUUUUCUUCACAUUCAAUCGGUUUGUAAUUAGAAUCGAAUUGAGCUACAAGUUUUUAGUACACAUUGAAAAGAAAGAGAACAUAUCAAACAUUGGAUUUCGCUUGUAUCUCAAGUCCUUAAAUGUAUAAUGUACGAUUUCUGAUAUUUUAAACCGAAUCUCAACAUUAGAAACCAUUUCUUUCUCUGA